GUAAAUUUGAGUAUAUAAUUUACUUUGUAUUUGUUAUGCAAAAUGAAUGCUAUUAGUUUGAUAUUAGAUGCAAUACUGAUACGGGGUAUUUCGUUGUGUUUCUUUAAAUGCUUCAACUAUGCCAUGCAGUCCCAGCAGGCAUUUAUGCAAAGGUGGAAUAUGGGACUUCACUUUCCAAUGUGGACUGGUUGCAUGGAGGAGCUGAGUCGCUGCUUACCCUAACAAACAUAUUCAUAGUGUUGGGGCUGAGGGCUGCUCUUAGGAAGACUAUAGACGGGAAAGAAAGUAAAUCCUUUGGUGUUACUGAGUUGAAUGAAGAUAGCUAUAAUACAUGACCAGAUCUCUAGGGCAUCUAACACGAACGAUACAUCCAACACGACCGAUAAAUCCUGGUCCUUAUUAUCUUCAUCCUUCAGAUCAUCCAGUCUGAUUUCAAGAAAAUUAUCAGGCAAAGGUUUUGGCUCAUGGCAGAAGUCCAUGACGAUUGCUCGAGCUUACCAAGUAUGAACAGAAUCAGAAACUAAUUCAGUUUUUUAUUGGCCUCAACUCAGAAUACAAUGUCACACGAGGGAACAUACUUCUUAUGAGACCUCUCCCUUCAGUUCCAGUUGCUUAUGGACUCCUCAUACAGUAAGAGAAACAGAGGGAGAUACAAGCACCUUCUCAUUUUACAGCUGAACAUGCGUCUCUGAAUGUAAAUGUUCACCCAACAAGUAAAGGGAGAUUUGAAGAAAGGAAAGUCAUCAUUUGUGAUUAUUGCAAAUUUGCAAGAAGGGCCACACUGCUGCUAAGUGUUACAGGCUUGUUGGCUUCCCAAAGGACUUCAAGUUUACCAAACCAAGAAGAGUUGCUGCAAAUGCUGUGAGUGGGGAAGAAUCUGAAACUGGUGAAUCUAAAUCUGAUGGACAGUUUAGCCCUGAGUUUUGCAAUGAAUUCAUGAAGUUCAU